AUGAGACUAUCCUACCGGAUUGGUGCGGCUGCACUUAUCAUCCUCGCCAUCAUCCUUAUUAAACGCCACCUCGAUCUCGUUCAGGAUGAUGCGCGCGUUCAGUCCGGCUGGAGUUUCAGCUCCUUCUCCGCCGAAUCUGCAGCGGAUGGCAGCAGCAGCAGCAGCAGCAGCAACAAUGUGAACAGUGGCAACGACGGGGCGUCGACUCCGAAGAACUCGAAACCAAUUCUUACCGGCAACGACAAGAGCAACAGCAAUGGCAAAACCAAAGGGUCCUCCGACGAUUCGGCCGUCUCUCGGCCGCUCUACGAAACCACUCCCAUUAUCGUCCCGAAUGAUCGCGUUAUCGUCAUGGCAAAAUUAUCCACCGAGGACACCAGCUGGGUUAGCAAUGAUCUGGCCGAAUGGCGCAACGUCAUUUAUACCGUCGACGACGUAACCGCAUCCCGACACACCCCCAAGAACAAAGGUCGCGAAUCCCUCGCCUACCUGCAAUACAUCGUGGACCACUACGACGACCUCCCCAGCACGAUCGUCUUCAUCCACAGCCACAAAGACGGCUGGCCCGGAGCCUGGCACACCGACACCAUGGCCUACAGCAACGUGGAUUCCAUCCGAGCCUUACAAACCGACUUCGUGCAACGAAACGGCUACGUCAACCUCCGGUGCCAGCAGACGCCCGGCUGUCCCGAUGAGAUUCGUCCCUUCCGAGACCCCCCGCAAUUCGGAAAGACGGCGGAGCGUGUGUACGCGCAGGCGUGGGCGGAACUUUUCAACAACACCGACGUACCGGAAGUGGUUGGAGUAGCGUGCUGCUCGCAAUUCGCUGUGUCGAGGGAACAGGUCCUCAAGCGGCCAUUGGAGCAAUACACAUGGUUCUACGACUGGGUGUUGAAUACGGGCUUGUCGGAUGAUCUGAGUGCCCAUGUGAUGGAGUAUACAUGGCAUAUUAUUUUUGGGAAGGAUCCGGUCUACUGCCCCGACGCCUAUCAAUGCUACCAAGACGUCUACGGCAAUCCUUAUUUCUGGUGA